AUGUCGCUAUCAUAUGUUAACCCGGACCUUGCCGGGCAUGAUAGUGGGCUCGGUCGUGUAAGCGACUCCGUCCGUUCAUUUAUUCUUGCACGGUACCAGCAGGAGAAGCGGGACAGUGAAGACGAAGAAGAGAACUUCAAUGAACGUUGUGAUUGCACGAAUCUGGCUUCGUUUCGUCUCUUAGAUGAUUCGGAUUUUGAAGACAUUCCAGCAGCCAAACCCACUUGGAAUUGA